CAGAGCUGCUGGGCGUCAGGACACAGUCGCCCCUGCGCUCCUCCAGCCACGAGCCCCCUGGGAGGGUCUCGGGCUCCCACCGCCCUCAGCCUCGAGCCCAAGCCAAGGGAGGUGCCCUCUGAGCUAGCUACUGAAGGAGGCGGGGAUUGGAGCUUGUGAAGAGGAGAGGGAGGGACGGGCUCUCCUCGCUACUCGCCGCUGGUGGCCGCAGGCGCCCUGCGCUGUCGCUGCCGCCGUCUCCGGGCGGAGCAGCACCCGGAGCCGCGACUGUAUUGAGAACGUGUGAAUGUCCGCGUGGACCAGGGCCGCGCGGGCCCCGCGCCUCCCACGGCUGGCUCCCGCCUGCUGCUGUGUAUGUUCGCUUCUUGUCACUGUGCGCCGAGGGGCAGAAGGACUAUGAAAAUGAUUCACUUUCGGAGCUCCAGUAUCAAAUCGCUCAACCAGGAGAUGAAAUGCACCAUCCGACUGCUGGACGACUCGGAGGUCUCCUGCCAUAUCCAGAGGGAAACGAAAGGGCAGUUCCUCAUUGAAUACAUCUGCAACUACUAUAGCUUGCUGGAGAAGGACUACUUUGGAAUUCGAUAUGUAGACCCAGAGAAGCAAAGGCACUGGCUUGAGCCUAACAAGUCAAUCUUCAAGCAAAUGAAAUCUCAUCCACCAUAUACCAUGUGCUUUAGAGUGAAAUUCUACCCACAUGAACCCUUGAAGAUAAAAGAAGAGCUCACAAGGUACCUUUUAUAUUUGCAAAUUAAAAGAGACAUUUUUCAUGGUCGCCUGCUGUGUUCCUUUUCUGAUGCUGCCUAUCUGGGUGCUUGUAUCGUUCAAGCGGAGUUUGGUGAUUACUACCCUGAUGAGCAUCCAGAGAAUUAUCUCAGUGAGUUUGAGAUUUUUCCCAAGCAGUCACAGAAGUUGGAAAGAAAAAUCAUGGAAAUUCAUAACAAUGAACUCAGAGGGCAAAGCCCAGCAAUGGCUGAAUUCAACUUACUCCUGAAAGCUCACACAUUGGAAACUUAUGGGGUGGACCCUCACCCAUGCAAGGAUUCAAGAGGUGCUACGGCAUUUUUAGGAUUCACUGCUGCAGGUUUUGUCGUAUUCCAGGGAAAUAAAAGAAUCCAUUUGAGAAAAUGGUCAGAUGUCAGCAAAUUGAAGUUUGAAGGGAAGACAUUUUACGUGAUUGGGUCCCAGAAAGAGAAAAACGCUGUUUUGGCAUUCCAUACUUCAACACCAGCUGCCUGCAAGCAUUUAUGGAAAUGUGGGGUAGAAAACCAAGCCUUUUAUAAGUAUGCAAAGUCCAGUCAGAUCAAGACUGUGUCAAGCAGCAAGAUAUUUUUUAAAGGAAGUAGAUUUCGAUACAGUGGUAAAGUUGCUAAAGAGGUGGUAGAGGCAAGCUCCAAAAUCCAGCGGGAUCCUCCUGAGGUGCACAGAGUCAACAUUACUCAGAGUCGCAGCUUUCACUCCUUGAACAAACAGCUCAUCAUCAACAUGGAGCCUUUGCAGCCUCUGCUCCCUUCCCCCAUUGAACAGGAAGAAGAAGUUCCUUUGGGUGAGGGUGCCCCUUUGCCUAAAAUGGAUGUGUCUGAGCCACUUAUUGCCAGCUCCCCAGUGAAGGGAGCUCAGAGUGCAGAUCCUCCAGAUGAAGAGGAAGACAGGGUGAAAGAAGAUCCCUUGACCAUCUCGGAACUAGCAUACAGUCCCAGCGCCAGCCUGCUCCCCACCCCAGUGGAUGAUGAGGAAAUCAACAUGCUCUUUGACUGUCCGUCCAGGCUCGAGUUAGAAAGAGAAGACACAGAUUCGUUUGAGGAACUUGAAGCAGAUGAAAAUGCUUUUUUGAUCGCUGAAGAGGAAGAGCUGAAGGAAGCUCGCCAAGCUUUGUCAUGGAGCUAUUCCAUCCUGACCGGCCGUGUCUGGGUCAACCCCCUGGUCAAGAGUUUCUCCAGGCUCCUUGUGGUGGGCCUGGGACUGCUGCUGUUUGUCUUUCCCCUGCUCCUUCUCCUUUUGGAGUCAGGUAUCGAUCUCUCCUUCUUAUGCGAAAUCCGUCAGACACCAGAGUUUGAGCAGUUUCACUAUGAAUACUAUUGUCCCCUGAAGGAGUGGGUGGCUGGGAAGGUCAACAUCGUCCUCUACAUGCUGGGUUGUUCAUAAAAUUCAUAUCCGAUAAGAGGAAGGGCUAUCUUCAAUACUAGUAGUAUCAUUUUCAGUAGAUGCUAGGUUUUGAAUGGCCUUGAGUUGUCAAGAGGUAGUCUUACCUCCUGACUUUUAACUCCCUUAACUGACUGCUCAAACCUUGAAAUAAGUUUUCUGUACUUCAUUGAAUUUAAGUCAGUUUAAAUCAAAUAUAGUGCUUUGAGUUAUUCUUCAAAAAUUCAGUCAUGAAAUUAAAAAAAUUUCUCUCCUUAUCAUACCAUAAUAAUUUAAUACAUCGGAGUUAGGUAUUCCUAUUUCUUUAUUGUGAACUAUAAUCAAGAUCAGAAUUUUAGUAAAAAUACAAGGGGAAUCUUUUUACUAUACCUUUGGCGAAAAUAAUGUCCUCUUAUUGAUGCCUAUACAAAUAAGUUGAUGCUGAGUUUUUCUUUCAGUUUUUUUAAAAAAAAAAUAUUUUUACGCAUUCUAACUAUUUUGGUAAAUUUUUAGCAAAAAAAAGCAGCUUUCUGGAAUUAUUUAAGUAUACCUACUGUAAAACCAAUGCACAUGGAAUUUUUUAAUGUUUUGGCACCUAAUUUUUUUAAAGAUAUUUUUUGGCUAACUAAUCCAUAAUUUAUUACCUGCAUAUAACUUUGAAAAACUGAUAGUAAAAAACUAUAGUACAUUCUCAAAACAGAUGAUUAAACUAGAAGAUGUAAGCAUGAAGAACAUUGAGUUGACAUUGUCUGGUCUAGUUUUCAGAGUUUUGGACAUGAUAAUCUUAUAAUUUUGUGUUUUGUCCAUAUAUUUGGACUGGGAAAGCAGAGUGGUUUUAAAAGAAAUUAAAACUAAUUGUAACAGUAAAGUUAAAAAGAAGAUCAACUAGUUAAUUGUUAUUGUUUACUAAUCUGAGUGAAAGCAAGCAGAAGUUUGGCAAGUAGAAGGCAGCAAAGAAGAGUUGUGAUGAGAUUGCUAGGCAAGUGGUGCUAAGCGUGAGGUUGCCUUUAUGGAAGUGAUGCUGAUAUAUGGCACUCUAUGUAAAGACAUGUGCACUCACUCUCUGAGUUCACAAAAUCAUGUUUAGUUAAUAAAAGUGGACAAAUUUUUAAGGUGAAUUUUUGGGACCCCCUCAUGAUUUCCAUUUAAUUCUCUGGGUAAAAUGUCAGGGUGUGUGUGUGUGUGUGUGUGUGUGUGUGUGUGUGUGUGUGUGUAUGUGUAAGGCAGUGAAGGUGCAUGAGGAAAGACAGACAGACAGACAGACAGACAAAGACAGAGAUGGAGAGAGAAUGAUGAGAGAGAGAGAAAUUUUCCUUUAUGAAUUUCUUUGAGUUCUGAAAUCUUGUUUAAUUGAGGCUUCUAUUGAAACAAUGAAUCAUCAGAUAAUACACCAAUUCUGUUUGGGUAAAGUCAACAAUGGAGCCGGUAGGUGGUGGUGCACGCCUGUAAUCCCAGCACUCUGGGAAGCAGAGGCAGGCAGAUUUCUGAGUUCAAGGCCAGCCUGGUCUACAGAGUGAGCUCCAGGACAGC